UCUCACUCCUUGUGUAUAUAAUAAAAAAUAAAGAUUUCUCACUCUACAAAAGUAUUAGAAGAGCCGUUUCCGUACACACCACUAAUUGAAGACUGGAAAACCCCCUUUCCCUUUUCACACAGAAACACACAAAUUCUGCCAUUUGUGCGUGAAAAAUCACACGCAUUGUCUCCCCUAAGCUCCACUUCACUCCGAAUGAGGCUAGGGUUUCACUCUCCAGCUAUGUGAGAGCCUAGCUACUGCGCUUGGAGUUAGGGUUUUUACCUAAUUUUAAGGAUACCGCUCUCAAAUCCCGAUUUGGAUGGGGAACUGCUGCAGAUCUCCGGCAGCCGUCGCUAGAGAAGACGUCAAAUCUUCCAACUUCUCCGGCCAUGAUCACGGCCGGAAGGAGAAGUCGUCGGGCAACGUGAAGAAAGCAAUCACAGUUCUGACAGAUGUGAAGAAGGAGAACAUUGAUGAGAAGUAUUUAAUCGACAGAGAGCUCGGCCGCGGCGAAUUCGGGGUCACUUAUCUAUGCAUUGACCGGGAGACGAAGGAGCUGCUGGCCUGCAAGUCAAUAUCGAAACGGAAGCUGCGGACGGCGGUGGACGUCGAGGAUGUGCGGCGGGAGGUGGCGAUAAUGAAGCAUCUACCGAGGAACUCGAGCAUCGUGAGCUUCAAGGAGGCGUGCGAGGACGAGAAUGCUGUGCAUUUGGUGAUGGAGCUAUGCGAGGGCGGGGAGCUAUUCGAUAGGAUCGUGGCGCGCGGGCAUUACACGGAGCGGGCGGCCGCUGCGGUGAUGCGGACGAUUGUGGAGGUUGUGCAGCUCUGCCACAAGCACGGGGUGAUCCAUCGGGAUUUGAAGCCGGAGAAUUUCCUCUUCGCGAAUAAGAAGGAGAAUUCGCCCCUUAAAGCGAUCGAUUUUGGCUUGUCGAUCUUCUUCAAGCCUGGUGAGAGGUUUUCUGAAAUUGUGGGGAGCCCCUACUAUAUGGCUCCAGAGGUUCUAAAGCGAAGCUACGGCCCAGAGAUAGAUAUAUGGAGUGCUGGAGUUAUCCUCUAUAUAUUGUUGUGUGGAGUUCCUCCUUUCUGGGCUGAAUCUGAACAAGGUGUUGCCCAGGCCAUCAUACGUGGGAAAAUAGACUUUGAGCGUGAACCAUGGCCAAGUAUUUCAGAUAGUGCCAAGAGUCUUGUAAGACUGAUGCUGGAACCAGAUCCAAAGCUUCGGCUGACUGCAAAGCAAGUUCUUGAACACACUUGGCUUCAAAAUGCAAAGAAGGCUCCAAAUGUUCCCCUUGGGGACGUCGUCAAGUCAAGACUGAAGCAAUUUUCAUUGAUGAAUAGAUUCAAGAGGAAGGCUCUUAGGGUGAUUGCUGAUUUCUUGUCUAAUGAAGAAGUUGAAGGUAUCAGAGAGAUAUUUGCUAAGAUAGAUACAGAUAAUGAUGGUAUUGUUUCAAUUGAAGAACUGAAGGCUGGGUUAUUAAAAUUCAAUGGGCAAAUGGAGCCAUCUGAAGUGCAGAUGCUCAUUGAAGCUGUGGAUACAAAUGGUAAAGGAACCUUGGAUUACGGCGAAUUCCUUGCCAUUUCACUCCAUCUGCAAAAGAUGGCCAAUGAUGAACAUCUCCACAAGGCUUUCUCCUACUUUGACAAAGAUGGGAAUGGUUACAUUGAGCAUGAUGAGCUUCGAGAUGCCUUGAUGGAAGACGGAGUUGAUGACUGUACAGAUGUGGCAAAUGAUAUUUUCCAGGAAGUUGACACAGACAAGGAUGGGCGUAUCAGCUAUGAUGAAUUUGUUGCCAUGAUGAAAACUGGGACGGAUUGGAGAAAGGCUUCUCGACAUUACUCAAGAGGAAGAUUCAAUAGUUUGAGUAUAAAGCUGAUGAAGGAUGGUUCUAUAAACUUGGGUGAGUAAAUAUGCAUUGGUUGUCUGUUUCUUUUUCACUUGUAUGAGUUGUCAAGUUAUUUUGAGGCCUGCUUUGUAUUAAUUGGGGUUUUCAUUGGUUGCUGGGCUCUGGGCAUCCUGGCUGAGGCAACUACAUCUUACUAGCCCAGCCCUCCUUGGCAUGACUAAAACUCCUAAAAAUUGGCCCAACCCCGCCAAGCCCCAUCCGACCCCCCGAAAACACCACCAUUUGUGUGUUCCUUUUCUCUCUUCUCUAUUAGCUCUUGGAUAUUCUCGUGGACGAUGUAGUAAAUAUUUGACUGGAGAGUUAUCUUUUGAUGCA